AUCUGGAAUGGCGUAAUGAGCUUCAACGUAAUGUCUACAACAAGCAUCACUGAACAUAAACAGCAAACGCUGAACGAAGGCCACAGCCUCGACACUAGACGCACAAUGCUGGACCUGAACACGACAAAAAAGCAAUCAACUGUAUGCGUGGAGCGGCCAGGAUUCAGACAUCACAGAAAAGAGAAUUAUGCGUGUCAUUCCCCUGUGUCCCAGCAAAGCACAGACAGUGGAGAUGAGUUCAGUCCGCUCCGGAAACUGAAUGGCUCACCCGGCGAGUGUCCCAGUCGCCAGAAUCUCCAUAAGGAGCUUCUGCUCAGCCACAAGAGAGGCCUGUUGUUGGAGGAGAAACCAGAAUUGCAGCGUGUGUUACAGCAGAGGAGGCUUGACCUGCACAGAGAGGAGGAACUUGCCCUCCGACCUCCUUCUGACCUGGAACAAGAGCUCCGUAAGAGACAGCAGAAACUGCAGGAGUAUGAGAUGGAGGAACAAAGGCGCAUAGAGGAUGAGAAAAAUGUUCCAGAAUUUGUCAGAGUGAAAGAAAAUCUGCGUCGUAUACAGUUGACGGAAUAAAACAACCGAAAGGGCCGAUGCAGAAGAAAGCGCCUUGUAAUUUUUACUGUUUUCAUAUAAUAAAAGAGAAUGUUAUGAAAUUAAGUUGCAUACAGCUAUAAUGUAGUUUGGUAAUGAAGCCCUCAAUUUAAAUGUUCUGUAAACUUGAGUCAAAUUAAAGCUAUUAAUGUCUUGUAUAAUA